GUAAGAAGGGAUGUACGCACUCGAUUGGAUAAACGUUACCUGUCUGGUUAUAUAUUACGUGAGCAUCUUGAGAAAGCGCAUUUCUCUCAGUGGACCUCUUAACCACAGCGAGAAUAGCUGUGUCUCCAGUUCAAUACCGGCUUUUCUAGAGGCCUCAUCAUUUAAAACUUUUCUCAUUCCUCGAAUGAGAUAUUAUCAUUCAAUUGAGCCUAGUCAACUUCUCUGUAACCACUUCUUUAGUCAAUUUCGAGGAAAAUGGAGUUGCUGUAUGCAACAGCUAUCUUCUCCCUCAUUAUCAUAGAGCCAUCAUUAGGAGCGAAUAUGUUUCAACUCUUCUCGAGCUAUGGAUUCAGAAACAGUUUUGAUAUUCACACAGUGGCAAUACCAACUCGUGCCGAAUAUGAUUUUAUAAUAAUUGGGGCUGGCUCGGGUGGUUCAGUGAUAACAAAUCGUCUCUCUGAAAAUCGUAAAUGGAAAAUUUUACUGUUGGAGGCUGGCAAACCGGAAGGUAUACUCAAUCAGAUACCAAUAUUAGUGAGUAACUUUCAGCAAACUGAUUACAACUGGGGAUACAGAGUUGAAGAGCAAAAAAAUGCAUGCCUGGGUAUGAAGAAUCGUCGUUGCACUUGGCCCCGAGGUAAAUCAUUAGGUGGUACAAGUACCCUGAAUUAUAUGAUUCACACAAGAGGUAAUCGAUUCGAUUAUGAUCAUUGGUCGGAGCUUGGAAAUGAUGGGUGGUCGUAUGAGGAAGUCUUGCCGUACUUUAAAAAAAGCGAGAAGUUCCGGGUACCAGGAGUUUACAACAAGUCUUUUCACGGUGAGGAGGGGCCCCUCUCGGUGGAGCAUGCCCCUUACCACACAAAAUUAGCAGCAUCAUUUCUAAAAGCAGGACAACACUUGGGAUACGAAGUACUUGACUACAAUGGACCCCACCAAAUUGGAUACUCCUAUCUUCAACUGAAUAUGGACAAGGGUUCAAGAUGUAGUGCUUCUAGAGCAUAUUUACGGAUAAAACGAUCCAACCUGGACAUUGUCACCGACGCAAGAGUAACAAAAGUUCUCCUCAACGAUCAGAAACGUGUUCUGGGAGUGGAAUUCAUCAAGAAUGGAGCCACCCAACAGGUGCGUGCAAGUAGAGAAGUGAUAUUGUCAGCGGGAACCAUAGAUUCGGCCAAGCUGCUGAUGCUCUCGGGCAUCGGACCCAAGAAUCACCUAGAAGAAAUGGGUAUCAAGGUCCAGAAGGAUCUUCCAGUUGGUCACAACCUCCUCGAGCACAUUGGCUUCUUGGGGCUGACAUUCAUGGUCAACCAGAGUGUCAGUUUUUUGCAGAAUCAGCUAGUGGCACCACGUUACAUAAUGGAUUACGCCCUUCACAGGUCGGGUCCCUUCUCAACACCAGGUGGUGCUGAGGCAUUAGCUUUUAUACAAACUAAAUACGCGAUUGAUUCACGUCCUGAUGUUGAAUUACUCUUUAACGGAGGAUCACUGCACUCUGAUAAUGGGCUUGCUGUCAGAAAAGGCUACGGUGUAUCUGACGAGGUGUACAACACAGUUUUCAAACCAAUCGAAGGAAAGGAUGCAUUUUCCAUCUGGCCAAUCACACAAAAUCCCCGGAGUCACGGACGAAUUUUACUGAAAUCGAAAAAUCCCUUGGACGAUCCAAUUAUUCAAGCCCAUUUUUUCGAACAUCCGGCUGAUGUGGAGAUCAUCUUGGAAGGUAUCAAACAUGCAAUUAAAAUUGUUUCAACACCUCCAUUUCAAAAAUAUGGAGCUCAACUGCAUGGAAUUAAAAUACCCGGCUGUCAAGCUUUCCAAUUUGGCUCUGAUGAUUAUUGGAGAUGUGGUAUUAGGCAUUUGCCAUCUAUGAUGAAUCACGAGAUUGGAACUGCAAAAAUGGGACCGUCUACUGACACGACUGCAGUUGUGGACGCGAGACUGAGGGUUCAUGGUAUUCAGGGAUUGAGAGUUAUUGAUGCUUCUGUGAUGCCAACGAUGCCAGUUGGUCAUAUAAAUGCUGGUAUUUUCAUGAUCGGAGAAAAGGGGGCUGACAUGAUCAAAGAAGAUUGGGAAAAGGCUCAAUGAUUUUUAUUUUUCAUUUAAUAUUUGCUCAUUUUUACUGACUGAUGUUGUUAAUUCAUUUUCAAUGAAUAAAGUUACAUUUUUAUUUUUUUCCA